GGCACGCUUCGCGUUGGUCGGGCUGCUGUGGGGCGUUCGCCGUGAGCCAGCCGUCGCCGGGGAUGUGCAAGCCUGUUAUUCCUCGAAACAUACAAGAUCGUUCUCCAAGACCUCCAGCAGGGGAACAACGGCCGGUCCUGCUCACAAAAAUGUAAUUCAAGAUGACAGCGCGGUCACGCUGUACCUGCACGGCUCUCACCUGGUGGUGCAGCACCCGCGCUGGCCGGCGGAGGACGUGCUGCUGCCGCUGGUGUGGCUUCGCGACCACUGCCGCUGUCCCAGCUGCUACAACACUACCACUCACCAGCGCCAGACCGAUGUACGUGACCUGGUGUUUGACGUGCACCCCAGUCAGUUCGCCGUCGACCAGAGCGGGACCUCCAUCACCAUCACCUGGCACGACGGACAUGAGUCGAAGUACAGUCUUCAGUGGCUCUGGGAAAACAGCUACAUUAGUCAGAAGUACCGGCAGAUGCAGCAGGACAGGGUCUGGAAGAGGUGUCUGUGGGACGCGCGGACGGCGGCUCGUGAGGACCUGCCCACUGUCCACCACGACCAGUUCAUGCAGGAUGAGGCUGGUGUGCGCCAGAUGCUGAAGGGCUUCCUCACGCACGGCGUGGUCACUGUCACUGGGGUGUCGGCGUCGCUGGAGGCCACCCGCCGGGUGAUCGAGCGCGUGGGCGCGGUGCAGAACACGAUCUUCGGCGACGUGUGGCAGUUCAGCGCCGACGGCGCCCACGCCGACACGGCCUACACGCAGCAGGCGCUGAGCGUGCACACGGACGGCACCUACUACACCGAGCCGCCCGGAGUGCAGGUGUUCCACUGCCUGCACCACGACGGCACCGGUGGCGAGACGACGCUGGUGGACGGCUUCGCCGGCCUGCAGCGGCUGCACGCCGCCGACCCGGCCGCCUACCAGCUGCUCUCGACCGAGCCGUGCGCCGGCGAGUACC